AUGCUUUCUGUGGCUGCUUGUUCAGUCGCUCCCAACUACCAAGUCCUCUUCUUUCUGCGACUGGCGUCUGGGUUUGGCAUCUUUGUCAACUUCACUGGAACCUUCUGCUGGAUUGCUGAGUAUGCGCCCACUCGUCUGAGAAUGGCCAUGAGUGUUUCUGUUUCUCUCGGAUGGUGUGCUGGACUCUAUGCUACCAUCUGUUUAAGCUACCUAAUAAAUGACUGGCAAAACGUGUUUCUGGGUAUUGCCGGAGUGAACAUCUUCAGUCUCCUCACGUACUUCUUGAUUCCACUUCCUGAGUCACCGAGGUUUUCUUUGAUUCAAGGAAAGGAGGAGGAAGCUAAGAAGACUUUGAAAAGGCUAGCCAGGAUUAGUGACAGCAACGUGGACGUGGAUUCUCUGGAUAUCAUGUUUGAAACGAGAAAAGAAUACAAUUAUUUCAAUCAGCUUAAAGAUCUAAAGAAAUACCCUAACAUGCUGAAACAGACCCUCCAAGGACUCUGGGUAUGGUUUACAGUGGCCCUCAUCGCCUACAGUUCCAAUUAUGGGUGGGGUAAGCUGGGCAGUGACUUGUACGCCACCUACUGCUUCUCAGCACUGAGUGAAGCUAUAGCUUACAGCACUUCUGUCUUCGUUUGUGGUCUGCUGGGCCGCAAAAACGCCAUUAUCUUCUACCUAGUGAUGAUGAUUCUGAUGAACUUUCUCGCCAUGGUGGAUGUCCAAUUUGCCAGUGCCUGGAGUCUGGAGCUUGUAGCUGGCUUGGUUGGAUACGUAGCUACCUCGGCUGCUUUAAACAUGCUGUGGCUCUUCUCAGCAGAACUAGCACCAACCUCGCACCGGGGCAUGAUUAUCUGCAUGAGUUCCAGUGCAGCUAGGGUCGGUGCUACCAUCGGCCCCUACACCAAUCUUCUGUACGGAGUGACAGAUAGGAAAGUACCACUCGCUCUAUUUGCUGGAUUUACGAUGCUGGCAUGUGUUGCGAUGUGGUUUCUGCCUGACACCACAGACAGGUCCAUUGCAGAGACUCCAGAAGAUGUGGAAUUAAUGUCGAGAAGGAAAAGUAAAGAUAAGGAUGAAGAAGAAGGAGAUGAGAGUGAUCCAGAGACGGAAGGAGUGGUGAUGGAGAACAGGACAGCAGGUUCUGGUGUGUUCUCAUGA